AGACAUCAUUAUCGAUGGGACCAACUGCCAAGAAAGAGCUAUGGCCUAUGGGUUGGAGACAAGGUCAUUGGGUUUUCCGCAGCUUUUUUUAUUUAUAGCUUCACAUCCUGUCGUUGCCAACGCUAAUGCUCAAUGUUUUAUACUUUUCUUCUUCCUGUUAUUGUUGCUGUCUCCUACAAUGUCUGAAUCCGCAACAGUGCUUCAUGUUCCCAACUUGUAACCACAACCACAGCACCAAAAAGUAAACUUUCCCUUCCCCACAAGAGAAGAGAAACAUAAGCUGUUGUGUUGUUUCAGCUUUUAGAACAAGAUGUCACCUUUGUCGUUUUCCUCUGAUAAUGCUUUGAGAUCUACCACGUUGUUGGAUGUCGUCCCAUGUUGUUGUUGUUGUUGUUGUUGUUUCUCUUUUGGCUGCAUUGUCAUUGCCUGUCACCCUCCUCAGCCAUUGCCUCUCCUCGGUUGAGCAAUGUGGGCUUCGAGCUCUCGGGGGAUAUUGGAGUAUUGUCCGUGAAAGUUUUCAGCUUUUGGGUCGCGAUGCAAUUAGGUUUUCUACAAAAUGGAUCGGAUUUAUCUCCAGGAAAAAGUCUGGAUGGAAGUUUCAGGAAAUCUAACUCUGUAAUUUCUGCUAGUACUGUCUCUGGGACCUCAGGAUUGAGCAAGUUUCUUCCUAUUUCCAGAAGAGUCUUAAAGGGGCUCAAGGAAUAUGGAAGGAAACUGGUUGACUUGGAGUUAUUCACUCAAUAUCUUGAGGAGUGGGUGCUGGAGAAUCUAAAUGGUGAUUCAACAGAUGGAAUGCAAAGUUUUCGUUCUCCCUUCACAACUGAUGAAUUGUGUAAACUUGAUUUGGCAUUAGAGGGGGUUCCAUUUCAGCAACUAGUUCGUAUGCCAAUCUUCUCUGAUGUUUCUGAUGAGCUUAUAGAAGACCAAUAUUUGGCUGCAGAAGAUUACCUUCAUGCCAUUAUCAUUGGACUCUGGCGUACAUUUUGGCAUAAAAGUGGACCACUGCCAUUAUGUGUCUCUUGCCCCCCUCAUAUUGGUUCAAAGUUCAUUAGUGUUGAAAAGGCUAUAUCAAGGGGCAGGCUGAGGGAAAUGCGUGGUUUAGCUUUAUUAUCAAAAACUGCCACUGAUUCAAAAUUUAGAUGGGAUCAUAUGGUAGAGUUUGCCUUAUUCAAGCCAGAAGUAUUCUUGGACAAGGAUUUAGGAAUAUCUGCCAGCACUAUUUGUGAAGCUCUCUUUUAUGGUUUCCAUGUUCUUGUUUCACGGAGUUUGAGCAAGAUUAGUUCUGUCAACAGUGACUCAGUUUUCCUUCUAGUUCUAGAUUCUAAAUGUGGAGCAGUGAUGAAGUUCAGCGGUGACCUUGGCAAACUUGAUUUAUUGAAUUCAAGCGAUCCAUAUCUAUCAGUGGCUGAAUGGAUCAAAACUUACACUGAAAUUUGUGUUACCCCAGUGGAACCAAUAUGGAACCGAUUAGGAAAUCCUAACUGGGGGGACAUAGGAACUCUACAAAUACUAUUGGCAACUUUCUACUCCAUUGCACAAUGGAAUGGACCUCCGCGAAAAUCAGUAGCCUCAUUGAUUUCAGAUCAUAGCCUUCGCCUUCAGAAGCGCAGAACAGAAUGCUGCAUCAUUGAGACUGAAAAUGCACUGGUUCCUUAUUAUGGGACAACUGAACAUCAAGCAGGGGAGAUUGUUGAGCUUGAUCAAAAUGAAUUAUUUUCAAAUAACCGAGCAUCACGGCUGAAGCUCAAGUGUGGUGACAUAUUGGUCUUGGAUGAUCCACAGCAAGGACAGAAGAGUUUCCAAAUUCAUGAUUCUCUAGUAGGAGGGUACUAUUAUCUCUACAGUGCAGUUUCUCCUGAUCAUCCCUCAGAGUUAUUGACUUUAUAUGUAGGUGCUCAUCCAUCUAGACUUGAGCCUUCCUUGGAGGAUAUGAGCCUCUGGUACCAGGUGCAACGCCAAACAAAAGUUCUAAACAUUUUGAGGAACCAGGGAAUCUUAAGCAAAUACUUACCUGAAAUUGUUGCCUCUGGUAGGAUUUUACAUUCUGGACCCUGCAAGAAAGAGAGCCCUGGGGGAAGGUGUGAUCACCCUUGGUGUGGAACUCCAAUACUGGUGACAUCUCCUAUAGGGGAGCCACUAUCAUCUGUAAUUGCCAAUGAAGGGUCAUUUUCUGCUGACGAAGCAACGCGCUUGUGCCGAGACUGUCUAGCUGCUCUAAGAAGUGCAGCCAUGGCUAAUGUUCAGCAUGGUGAUAUUUGUCCAGAGAACAUAAUACGUGUAGUUGGAAAACAAGGUCUUAGAAACCAAGCUAAUAUGUAUGUCCCCAUAUCUUGGGGGCGUGCCGUGUUGGAAGAUAGAGACAGCCCUGCUAUAAACUUGCAGUUCUCAUCAUCUCAUGCACUUCAGCAUGGGAAGCUGUGUCCCUCUUCUGAUGCUGAAAACGUUGUCUAUAUCCUCUAUUUCAUUUGUGGAGGAACCAUGUCUCUACAAGAUUCUAUUGAGUCUGCAUUACAAUGGCGAGAGAGAAGCUGGGCAAAGCGUUUGAUCCAGCAACGUAUUGGUCAGGUUUCUGCUCUAUUGAAAGCAUUUGCUGAUUAUGUGGAUAGCCUUUGUGGAACUCCAUACCCUGUUGACUAUGAUAUAUGGUUGAAAAGGUUGAACAAGGCUGUGGAAGGCUCAGCAGAUAAAGGUAAAAUGAUUGAAGAAGUUCCCAUAACAUUAAGAUUAGAGGAUGCUGCUGAGUCUUCAAGAGCUUCUGUCCCUUAAUUUGAUGCUUGGAGGGCCAGGUUUUGGUGCUUCUUUUGUAAAUUGGAAUUGAGGAAUUCAAAUGCAUUUUAUUUUAGGACUUUAGGUUCUUAGUGUUAUUAUUUUGGUAUCUUCUUCGGCAACGUAUAUGUUGGAGUGUUUACUGGUUUUUUGUCUGUUGAAAUCUCAUUACAAAAUUCAUGCCUGUUACAAAAAUUGGCUGUAUAUUGCAUCCAUUGGAUUUGACAAAUAGAGAGGUUAAAGCUGGUGCAUUUGUACACACAAGGUUUUAGCUUUUUCGUUUUGAUCAAUGUUGUGAUGAAAUGUUCAGGUUGUUAUGAA